ACGUUGCGCACCCUGGGUUUUUUCUUCACAGAGAAAAAAAACUCCUGAGUGACUUUCAUCUCAGUAAAAAAAAAAAAAAUGGAGAGAGGAUUAUUAGAAGACCUGUGCCGAGGGGCACGACUCCCAGUAACCAAAGCUGUGCUGGUGGCGGGGUUCCCAGAAGAGAUGGAACCAAAUGAAAUUGAGGAAAGCCUAGAUGCAGCUGAAAUACUGGGGAGGGUAAAGGUCCACACCCGUAUUUACAACCGCAAAGUGAAGGGCAUGGUAGCACUAUGUACUCACUCCAAGGAAGCAGAUCUUGACAAAGUGCCCAAAGAGGUGAAAGUAGAAGGUAUCCCCUGGACAAUUCUCGGGGCAGAGCAGUCCCCUCCUAGUGUGCCUGAGUCACUUGAGGUGGAUUCUUUAGCACAGAAAUUGCAAGCUCUGAUGGUAGAUGAGAAGCGGACAAGAGAAGAAUUAAUUUUAGCAUUAGGAGGGGCUCCAACACCUGCAGCACCCAGCCUGGUGGGAUGGGCCAAAGAGCUGGGAAAUGCUCUCAAAGAUGCAUUGAAGCCGGUACAUGAAAAUGCUCCAUACAAGCGGUUACGUUCAUUCUCGGGGGUGUCACCUGUACCCUCAGGGGAGGAUGAUUAUGAAACCUGGAGGGAUUUUACGGUGCCACUUGUCCAAGAGUGGGAAUGCUCUGAUGCUGAGAAGCGGAAACGGGUGCUUGAGAGUCUGAGGGGACCUGCCAUGCGAAUUAUCCGAGCCCUGAAAGACUCACAACCAGCCGCCACAGUGCAAGACUAUUUAACCGCUCUUGAGAGUGUCUACGGUGCUACUGAUAGCAGUGAAGACCUGUAUUAUCGGUUUCGCCAUACCUAUCAGGAGCCCCACGAACGAUUGUCUGAUUUCAUCAGGAGACUAGAGGAUUUGCUACAGCAGGUAGUGCGGAAGGAGGGCAUCCCCACCAAGCGCAUUGAUUUCGCUAGAUUGGACCAAAUCCUCCGGGGCACCCGACAAGAUGGGUUGAUGUUGUGGAAACUGCAGCUGAGGGAGCGGGCCCAAGACCCACCCCCAUUCCACAAGCUCAUUCGAGAGAUACGUGAGGAGGAGGAGCGAUUGUUGCAAGCGGAUGCAGUGUUGCAGCCGAAGACGGCAGGGAGUCACACCACCACAGUGCUUGGAGAGAUGGAAGAUGCCCCAUCAGUGGCAGCAGCACUGAGAGAUUUGACCCGAGAAGUGGCCAUGAUGAAAGCUCAGGGACAUACUGUGCCAUCCUCAAGAGAGGAGAGUAGCAGGAGGGGUGAUAGCCAGCGUGAAGGUUUCUGUUAUAACUGUGGAAGAGAUGGUCACUAUGCCUUCGACUGUCAAAACAAGACAGAUCAUGCAAGGGUAUCUCAGAGAUUGCAGCAGACCAUUAGGAGGCUUCAGGGAAACACCCACAGGGCUUGGGGAAGGAGCAACCCAAGACAAGGCUCCCCAGGAAAAACCACAAACAGAGGCUACCCACGUGGGCUGAUAGGCCCCCAGGCUAUAGUACCUGUUCGUAUAGAAGGACGAUUGUGUGAGGCAUUGCUGGACAGUGGAUCACAGGUCACCAUACUUUAUGAAUCUUACUACCGAGAACACCUGCAGCACUUGCCCCUGCGUCCCCUGUCUGGCCUGACAGUCUGGGGAAUUGGCUGUGACUCCUGCCCCUAUCGGGGAUAUAUCCUGUUAAAUGUUCAGUUCCCAAAGAACGUUGCGGGGGUAAACCAGGAAAUAGAAACUUUGGCACUGGUCUGCCCAGAUCCAAAGGGAAGAAAGUAUGCACCUUUAAUCCUAGGGACAAAUGCAAACCUGUUCCAGAGGUUGGCGUGGAAAUGCCGUGAGAUGGCAGGGAACAACUAUCUGCAGGAGCUGCCAAUGCAUGCUUUAUGUAAAGCUGCAUACCAGCGAGCCAGGGGGCCCCCAUCCCAAGAGAAGACCAAGGCUAGGCCUUUUGGGAGGGAUAGUUUCCAGUUUGGGGAUUCCCCCAUUCCUGCUGAGUGGAAGGACCGCCUGUGUGAGAAGUUAAUCAAGAGGAAGGCUGUUUUCUCUAUACACGAAUGGGAUGUUGGGUGUGCACAUGAUGUGGAGCACCAUAUCCAAAUGCAGGAUGGUCGGCCUUUUCGAGAGAGGUCGAGACGAUUAGCCCCCGCUGAUAUUGAAGAUGUGAGGCAGCACCUACAGGAACUGGUUCAAGCAGGUAUCAUUGAGGAAUCCAGGAGCCCCUACGCAUCGCCGAUCGUCGUAGUACGAAAGAAAAGUGGAAAGGUGCGCAUGUGCAUCGACUAUCGCACUCUGAACCGGCGGACGAUCCCUGACCAAUACACAAUGCCCCGGGUGGAUGACGCUUUGGAUAGCUUGAAUGGUAGCUGCUGGUUCUCUGUCCUUGACCUCCGCAGUGGAUACUAUCAAGUGCCCAUGGCACCCGAGGACCGGGAGAAGACAGCAUUCAUCUGCCCUUUAGGAUUUUACCAAUUUAAUCGCAUGCCUCAAGGAGUAUCUGGAGCUCCAGCCACAUUUCAGCGACUCAUGGAGCGGGUGGUAGGGGACAUGCACCUGUUGGAGUGUCUGGUAUACCUGGAUGACAUUAUAGUGUUCGGGCGCACUUUAGAAGAACACGAGACUCGGCUGUGCAAAGUCCUGGAUCGUUUGGAACAGGCUGGCCUCAAGUUAUCCUUAGACAAGUGCAUCUUCUGCCAGACAUCCGUGCGGUAUGUGGGACACAUAGUGUCUGCAGAUGGUAUAGCUACAGACCCAGAGAAGGUGAAGGCGGUAACUACCUGGCCGAAGCCCACAACUCUCAAGGAAUUAAGGUCAUUUCUGGGAUUCUGUGGCUAUUACCGCAAGUUUAUCAAGAAUUUUUCGCACAUCGUACAUGCACUCACAGAGCUCACCAAGGGAUACCCCCCCACAAAUAAGAAGAAGGGGAACUCACCUCGCCAUAAAUACUUCAAUGUGGGUGCACCUUUUGGAAAACGGUGGACUGCUGAGUGUGAAGAAGCUUUCCAUAAAAUCAUUCAACAGCUCACGCAAGCACCUGUUUUGGUGUACGCUGAUCCCACCCAGCCGUAUGAACUUCAUGUUGAUGCAAGCUACACUGGUUUAGGCGCUGUCCUUUAUCAAGAGCGUGAGGGCAAACUCCGACCGGUAGCAUUUGCAAGUCGAGGUCUCACACCGCCUGAGAGAAACUACCCUGCACAUCAAGUGGAGUUCCUGGCAUUGAAAUGGGCCAUCACAGAGAGGUUCCAUGACUACCUCUAUGGGGCCAAGUUCACUGUAAAAACUGAUAAUAACCCUUUGACAUACAUCAAGACAACAGCAAAAUUAUCCGUAGCAGGACACCGGUGGUUAGCGGCACUCUCUGCCUAUGAUUUCACUCUGCAGUAUCGACCCGGUCGAACAAACGUGGAUGCAGAUGCCUUGUCUCGGCAACCUCACUCUAAGGAUUUAUUACCCAGUGAUCAGAUGAAUGUGGGGACCUCUGCACUGAGAGCUUUAUGCCAACGGGUAUCCAUUGUGGAGGAAAAAUCCACAGCCAAUGGAGAACGAGCAAUUGACUGUCUGGGUGCACCACCAGAAGCCAUACCCAUAGCCUACUCAAGUUUUACUAGAGUACAGGACCCACAGCUGCCCAAACUAAAGGAUCGAGAGGUAGAGUAUGCCCAGCGAGCUGAUCCACGGAUGAAGGACAUCCUUUAUGCGUUGGAAAGGGGAAAAGAUCCCAGGGCUAUUCGACUGAGUCACCCAGAGGAGGCCCUUUUGCUGAAAGAAUGGGAUCGCUUAUUGGUUCGGGAUGGACGACUUUACCGAGGGCAGAAGCAUCCUCAGAGGCCUCACCAUAAGCAGUUGGUGCUACCGCAGAAGUACCGGCAAGGCGUGUUAGAGGCCUGCCACGAUCGAAUGGGGCAUCUGGGAAUCGAGCGGUUGGAGGCCCUAGUUAAGGCAAGAUUCUAUUGGCCCCGAAUGGGGCCUGACAUCGCCCACCAUAUUCGCACCUGCACCAGAUGUAUCCAACGAAAGACUCUGCCUAAGCAGGCGGCUCCUCUUGUCAGCAUCACAAGUUCUGCACCCAUGGAGCUUGUCUUUAUGGACUUUCUGUCAUUAGAGCCUGACCGCCGGGGUACUGCAAAUAUCUUGGUGGUCACUGACCAUUUUACUCGUUAUGCCCAGGCUUAUCCCACCAAAGAUCAAAAAGCUUCCACGGUCGCCAAGAUCCUGUGGGAAAAGUUCUUCGUCCACUAUGGGUUGCCCGCCAGACUACACUCAGAUCAGGGACGGGAUUUUGAAAGUCGAUUAAUAAAAGAACUUUGUAAGAUCAUGGGGAUAAAAAAAUCACGUACCACCCCUUAUCAUCCCCAAGGGGAUCCACUACCAGAACGAUUCAACCGCACACUACUGAACAUGCUGGGAACUCUGGAGCCUCAGCAGAAAAAAUACUGGAGCCAGCACGUAGAGCAUUUGGUUCAUGCAUAUAACUGCACUCGACACGAUGCAACUGGGUUCACACCAUACAUGUUAAUGUUCGGUCGAGAGGCCCGGUUGCCGAUCGAUCUCUGUUUUGAAGUGUCUUCAGAUGGGGCACUCCCAAAAACAUACUUGGGGUAUGUGGCGCGCUUAAGAGAUCAACUGAAAGAGGCAUAUCGAAUAGCGACGCAAGCAGCUGGUCACCAGAAUCAAAAGAAUAAAACCCGAUAUGAUCAGCGAGUGAGGCAACAGGAGAUUCGGGUUGGUGACCGAGUUUUGGCCCGAAAUCUCGGACUACAGGGAAAACACAAAAUUGCAGAUCGUUGGGAGUCACACCCGUACAUUAUAGAGAAGAAACUUGGGGAUCUACCAGUGUAUCGCAUACGUCCUGAGGGCAGUCGUGGCCCCACCAAAACUCUCCACCGGAAUCAUCUGUUACCUAUAGGACAAGUAUUGUUUCCCCGUGAGGAUGUUUCCACAGAUUCUGAGACUCCCGGACCUGCAAGUCGGACACGGUCCCAACGAUGGAAAUAUACCCGUCCUCUGCAAACACCCAGCUCCUCGGAGAGUGAGGAUGAAAUAGGGUUUGGUGAACAUCCAGUUGGGAAUGACCUAACCCUAAUGGAUCCUUUUGUUGUCACGCAAAGAGAUGGUGAAGGGGAAGACCCCACACUGAGCAUUCCCGAGGCCUCACUGUCCCAAGCUGUGGAGACCCCCCAAGAACAUGAUGAGGAAGGCUCAGUGCAGGCAGAGAACCCUGUACCCCAAACAGCCACUUUAAACCCAGAUGCACUUGAAUUCGUGCCUCAAGGACCCAUCAUCUUGCCUCCAUGUCCGGUGGUGUCACCUCAGCCAACAUCCGACAGCCAGCCUAGACGUUCCUCUAGGGAAGGGAAGCCCAGGUGUGUGCUGACGUAUGAUCGUUUAGGGGAACCCAGUGACCUACAGCUUCCUGGGGUGCCACGGGGGGCGAGCUGCCUCAUGGGAAACCUGUUCCACCCCUCGGGGUUCUGUGGGAUGGAUGAUGGGAAUGCUUCUGAUGAAUGGGGGCCCUGGGUCUCCUGCUGGGGAUCCAUGGCUUAA